AUGAAGAACAUUGCGGUUGUCGGUGGCACUGGUGAUCUCGGAUCUUAUGUGGUCAGAAGCUUAGCUGGCUCGUCCGACUUUACUGUUACGGUCCUCACCAGGGGAAGUAAAAAAUCCGACAUCCGCGGCGUCAAGUAUGCAGUCGUCGACUAUGACGACGUUUCGGCUCUCACCGCUGUUCUCCAUGGUCAGGACGCGGUCGUUUCUGUAGUCCCAGGACAGUACUCGAAGCUACAGAUCAAAAUCAUCGAGGCAGCAAUCGCUGCGAAAGUGUCUCUUUUCAUCCCGUCGGAGUUUGGGUCUGACAAUACGAACUCGAACACCCGCAAGCUGCCUUUGAUGAAGGCGAAGGUGGCUGUCGAUGAAUACCUCAAGCAGUCAGCGGCAGCUGGCAAGAUUUCCUACUCGAGGAUCGUUGGCGGGCCCUUUGUCGAGUGGAUGCUCACUGAUGAACGAAUGAUGCCAAUCAAGGAGCGCAAACUUUUUAUCCACGAUGGAGGCAACGUGCGCUUCUCCAUGACCAGAAUGGGGGACUACGGUGAGGCAAUCGUUGGAGUGCUGAAGAACCCGGAGGCGACAAAGAAUAGGACGGUUUACGUUGAGAGCUCCAAGGCCACGCAGAACCACCUUUUGGCCCUGGCCAAGGAAGUACUGGGUGGGGAAUGGCAGGUGGAGCACGCGGAUACCGAAGCGAAUUAUGCCGUGGCAGAAAAGCGCUUGUUCGCUGGGGAGUUUGACAUGUCUGUUAUUAGUCCCCUUGUGUUCAAGACUGUGUUUAUUCCGGGGUAUGGCGGCGAUAUUAACGCCAUUGACAACGACUUGGUGGGGAUAAAGCGGAUGACAGAUGAUGACCUGAAGGCAGUCAUUAAAUCUCUUGCCUGA